GGUGUUCCUAGCUUAGUCCUGAGGACCACUGUCCUGCGUGCUGUAGACCUUCAGAUCCACGGCACGCAUUUAACGCAAAGUUAAUUUACUAUCACAGCAUGGUAAGUUUCAGAUGACCCAAAACAUUAUGGUCCGUUCCGUUUAAUUAGAAAAUAAAUAAAACGAUCUUCGAGAAUUUUGAAUACCGGUUUGAAUUCUAGCAUAUCCCACGGUCCGUGAAUGCACCACCUCAACGUGAACCACCGAGGAAUUUCAGAAGCGCCUCCUCCUGACCGCACAGCCAAGUGGAAACGCAAACUGCUAUAAACACCGAAACGGAGCAGGUUUCACACUUAGUUGUUGUCGGAAGCUGUAAUUAGUCCUCUUCGGACUUCUGGCUCUUUUUUUUUUUUUUUUUAGUUUGUUGUUGUUUUCUCUUCUUCACCUGUUGAACACCAUGGGCUUGCUGUUGGCCAAGAUGAUGGCUGUGUUCGGAGACGCAGAGCACAAAGUCGUCAUUGUGGGUUUGGACAAUGCUGGGAAGACUACCAUCCUCUAUCAGUUUCUGACCAAAGAGGCCGUCCACACAUCGCCCACCAUCGGCAGCAACGUGGAGGAGAUCACAGUUCGCAACACUCACUUCAUGGUUUGGGACAUUGGAGGUCAGGAGAGUCUCAGAGCCAGCUGGUACUCCUACUACUGCAAUACUGAGAUUGUCAUUCUGGUUGUGGACAGCACUGACCGUGAAAGACUGACUGUAACCAAAGAAGAGCUGCACAGAAUGCUCGCACACGAGGACCUUAAAAAUGCAGCCGUUCUGAUUCUGGCUAAUAAACAAGACAUAAAGGGCUCCAUGACAGCGGCUGAGAUCUCCCAGUGCCUCACACUCGACUCCCUCACAACUCGCUCCUGGCAUGUUCAAGCCUGCUGCGCCCUGACAGGAGAGGGGCUUCCUGCCAGUCUGGACUGGAUGAGGUCUAAAGUCGUGGCAAACUAAAACACCUUCCAGGGAUUUUACUUCCUCAACCUGAGCCAACACCUCCACCACAGAGGCGGCAUUGUCAUUAUGAUUUAUAGUGUUUUUGGCCCAAUUGAUGACAUCUGUGGCAGCGCCCAGCACACCUAGUUUGUGUGGGAGUCUACACUUUUCUCUCAGCCUCAGGGUGAAGAAACCUGGAAAUUUUUAGGUUUCAGGAUUGUUUUCUUUUGUCCAAGACCUGUUUCCUGACAAAGGUUUCCUCAAUGCGUGUGGAGGUGCACAGUGAUUGCGUAAAACCUCCUGCCUGACUAGAAAUAUUACAUUCUGGUUUGUUCAUAACAGUUCUCAUUUUUCACUGGGAUUUGUUUUUAAAUUUAAUUUAUUUAGAGCAAUAAAACAUUAAGGAAAGUCAGAUUCAGAUAAACAAAAUGAGCGGACUGUUAGCACUCAAGCACUUUUUUUUAAUGUUUUGAGUUGGAAGUAAUUAAUUUAAAAAAUCUUUCUCAAUUAGAUAACUUGAACCACUCACAACUCCUCAUUUAACGCACCUAAAUGUUUUAACUGUCUGGUUCUAAACAAGCAUUUUAAAAAAAGUUUAUGUUUACAUAAUAAUUAAGAGCCUCAUAUAGCAUCCUCUGUGUUCUCCCGACAGCCGCUGUCGAAAAAUAAAUCAAAAAUCAAUGUUUUAUGUCAUAGAUUAACAGCGGUUUUAUUCUGAAAAUGUUUGAUCAUUUAUUUAUGAUUUUUCUCUGAACAAAGUUAUAGUAUUUAGUCCAUUACUAGAAUUUCCUGACUGGGAAAUGAAGCUUGCUGCUAAAGACAUUGAGUCUUAAAAUGUAUAUAUAAAUAUAUAUAUAUAUA